CCUUCCUCUUAUUCCGUCCCCCUUGUCCGAGAGAAAACAAAAACCUUUCUCCAGUUCCCGGAUCCCCCCUUCGCCCCCAAUGCGGAGGAUACCCCUCCAAACCCUAACCCUUACCCUCUUCUCCCUUGACAUCUAGGUUACGGAUAGGGUUUCUUCGUUCCCUUCUUGGCUUCCUCGGCCUUCUUGCUCGAUCUCGUAGCAAGAGCAGCCGUAGAAGAGCAAGGUCAGGAUCGGGUCCCUUUAGGAAUUGGAUCUUAGGUUUAGGGUUUCGGAGAUGUCGAGCAUGAACCGCCGCUCAUCGGCACCGUCCUCCUCAUCCGCCCCCGCUUCCUCGGCGCUGGCGAAGAGGCCAGCGGUGGAGAAUGCCGCCAAGGUCGCAGCAGCUGCCUCCGAUCAGGCCAAGAAGAGGGUCGCGCUCGGGAACAUCACCAAUCAGAGCAAUGCCGGAAGGAGCGCUGCUCGGCUGCCGGGGACGAAGGGAGCCCAUAAUGGAAGCACUACAAGUUCCACAUUGAAUGUGAAGAAGGGAUCCAUGACAUGUGUUCAUGAUACAAACUUGCCUAGAAGCUCUGCGGCUGCAUCAGCCAUUGUGAAGCCAGCUGCAACCAUACCUGCAUCAGCGGCAGCGAAGCCAGUUGCUACCGUAUCUGCAUCAGCUGUUGUGAAGCCUGCUGCUACCAUAUCUGCUUCUGCCGAUGUGAAGCCAGUUGCUACUAUUUCUACCAAGGACAUUUCACUUCCAGUACAUGAUGGGCCAACAUCCAGUGUUGGUACUUGUCUAGCACCUUGCAGUACUGUCAUAUCUCCCAAUCCCUCAGGAGAUUCUGUUUCAUUAGCUGAAACUAUGUCUACAUGUGACUCCAUGAAAAGUCCAGAUUUUGAGUAUAUAGACAAUGGUGAUUCUUCAGCAGUUGCUUCUCUGGAGAGGCGGGCAAGUGAUAAUUUUCACAUCUCUGAUCGUGCAAAUGCAGCAGGAUCUACAUGGAAGAGGGAUGUUCCUUGGGCAAUGGAAACAGAUGAUAUUUUUGAUGUUGACAACAAUCACAAGGAUCCACAGUUUUGUGCAACACUUGCAUCUGAUAUAUACAAGCAUCUACGGAUAGCUGAGACUAAGAAAAGGCCUUCAACUGACUAUAUGGAAAGGGUUCAGAAGGACAUCAAUGCAAGCAUGCGUGCCAUCCUAAUAGAUUGGCUUGUAGAAGUUGCAGAAGAAUAUCGUCUUAUACCUGAUACAUUAUACUUGACUGUUAAUUACAUUGAUCGGUAUCUUUCUGGCAAUGAGAUGAAUCGCCAACGAUUGCAACUGCUUGGUGUUGCUUGCAUGCUGAUUGCUGCAAAAUAUGAAGAGAUAUGUGCCCCACAAGUGGAAGAAUUUUGCUACAUAACUGACAACACAUACUUCAAGGAUGAGGUUUUACAAAUGGAAGCUGCUGUCUUGAAGUACCUGAAGUUUGAAAUGACAGCUCCAACAGCCAAGUGUUUUUUGAGGAGAUUUGUCCGUGCUGCCCAAGGAUGUGAUGAGGUUCCUCUGUUGCAGCUUGAGUUCCUUGCAAACUAUGUCGCAGAGCUAUCACUUCUUGAGUAUAACAUGCUAUGUUAUUCUCCUUCACUAAUUGCUGCUUCUGCCAUAUUCUUAGCAAAAUUCAUACUGCAACCAACAAAGAGACCUUGGAAUGCCACACUUGUUCAUUACACUUUAUAUAAGCCAUCUGAACUCUACGAUUGUGCAAAGGCUUUGCAUCGUCUUUUCCUUAAUAGCUCUGGAAGCAGCCUGCCUGCAGUCAGGGAGAAGUACAGUCAGCACAAGUUCAAGUUCGUGGCCAAGAAAAACUGCCCUCCUUCAAUUCCUUCAGAGUUCUUCCAGCAUCCGAUCAACUAGAAGUCAUUUGUGCAGCAUCAGAUCCAAUUCUUUGUUGGAGUAUUCUGCCACAUGAGUUCACCACUGAUUGAGACCACUAGGCUGCGUGAGGCUGCAGUAUUCUGUGGCUUUUGCAUUGCUUAUGCUUCAGUUAUGUGUUAAUUGAUCGAUGGGCGUUCUGAUUGUAGAUUUCAUAAUGCAGACAAACCUUUCAUCCUGUUAAUUUUAUGAUUGUGGCUUUGGCGCAAUGUCAGCUCAAGGUGUGUUGGUGCAUUUUGCGUAGUGGUAUCACCGUAGUAAUCUCUUCAUGUAGAUGUAUAUCUUGUGUCAGGUUCUAAGCCAGAAAGCAUU